UUCAAACCAACAACGACUAAAAAAUGAUUCAAAUAAAACCCCGCCCAUAGCCGUUUUCAAACUUGUAAAAUCCCCAAUUUCUCUGAACCCAAUCAGAUCCAGCUUGAUUCCAAUGGAGAAGGUAUGUGUAGCAGUGAGAGUUAGACCUGCUCGGUGUAACGACGAGAACUUCAAUGGAACCUUCUGGAAGGUUGAAGACAAUCGCAUUUCCUUACACAAGUCUCUCGGCACUCCUAUUUCCGGUGUCUCCUAUACAUUUGAUCAUGUGUUCGAUCAGGAUUGUUCGAAUGCUAGGGUUUAUGACCUACUUACUAAGGAUGUUAUUCAUGCUGCUCUUGAAGGUUUCAAUGGAACUGCUUUUGCAUAUGGGCAGACCAGUAGUGGUAAAACUUUUACUAUGAACGGCACUCAGAAUGAUCCAGGAAUCAUCCAGCGUGCAGUCAAUGAGAUAUUUCAGAAAAUUGAGAUGACGACUAAUAGGGAGUUUCUGAUUCGAGUCUCUUAUAUGGAAAUCUACAAUGAAGACAUUAAUGAUCUUUUUGCUGUAGAGAACCAGAAACUGCAGAUUCAUGAAAGUUUGGAUCGUGGAGUUUUUGUUGCAGGACUGAGGGAGGAAAUCGUAAAUGAUGCUGAGCAAGUACUUGAGCUCAUUCAGCGAGGAGAAGUUAACAGGCAUUUUGGUGAAACUAACAUGAACGUUAGAAGCAGUAGAUCUCACACCAUCUUCAGGAUGGUAAUUGAAAGCAAAGGAAAGCAUAAUCCUGAUGAUGCUGUUCGUGUCUCUGUUUUGAAUUUAGUAGAUUUAGCUGGGUCUGAACGGAUAGCCAAAACUGGAGCUGGGGGAGUUCGUCUGAAGGAAGGAAAGCACAUUAACAAGAGUCUAAUGAUCCUUGGUAAUGUUAUCAAUAAACUAAGUGAAGGUGGAAAGCAAAGGGGACACAUUCCUUACCGUGACAGUAAACUCACUCGCAUUCUUCAACCUGCUCUGGGUGGCAAUGCUAAAACUUCAAUAAUUUGCACAGUAGCACCAGAAGAGGUUCACAUAGAGGAAUCAAAGGGCACACUCCAAUUUGCUAGCAGAGCUAAACGGAUCACCAACUGUGUUCAAGUGAAUGAGAUACUAAAUGAUGCAGCCUUAUUGAAGCGGCAAAAAAGGGAAAUAGAGGAACUACGCAUGAAACUUCAGGGAUCACAUUCCGAGGUGCUCGAGCAAGAGAUACUGAAACUUAGAAAUGAUCUACUGACGUACGAAUUAGAGCGAGAGAAGCUUGCCAUGGAGUUGGAGGAGGAGAGAAGAUCACAGAAAGAGCGAGAGCAAUGCAUUAUUGAACAACAGAAAAAAAUCCAUAAUCUCAGUAAUCUUGCAUCUGCCUCAGACUCUAAUGGGCAUGCUACACAGGAGGAAAGCGGUAGCAGUAACAAUUGCCAGGAAGAUUCUUUUAGUACGCCUUGUAUGAAGGCGGUUCCCAAUGCCUUUGUUGCUAAGAGAUCACAACGGACUCAACAGGCAGAAUACAGCCCUAUGCCAGAUGCCUUUAGCAAUUUUGCAGAUGAAGAUACAUGGAUGAAAAUGAAUAAAGGCUUUGUUGCUGAUCUUGAUUCACUUCACAUGACUCCUGCAGUGAAAAUUCAACCAUCUUUACCCGAUGAUGAAAAUGAAAAUUUCUACCAGGAUUUGUCAAUAGAGAAUUACAAACAAGAGGUACAGGAUCUCAGAAGGCGGCUGGAACUUGUUUCAGAGGAAAGAGAUGAACUUAAGAGACAACACACAGAACAAGUAUCAGUAAAUAAACAGCUCAUGAGUGAGGUAUCUGAACUCCAGCAAGAGGCACUCUUGAUCCGUGAGAUCCCUCAAAGAUUGUGUGAGUCUGUGACAACUUGUAAAGAUAUAUACAAGGAAGUCUUUUCAGUUAUACAGAAUUUUUUAGGUACGGACAAAUCUGGAGUGGCCAAAUUGCUCUCUACAACAAGUGAGAUUGGUACUUGUCUUUUUGCAACUUUGGAAUCUCACUUCUCGGAAGCUAUGGGCAGUGAUAAGUCCUCUACUGGAAAUAAUUCUUCAAUUGAAGCGCAACAUAUCAAGGUUUAUGAUAAGUUGAAUAGAACAAUUUCAUCACUUGUACUAUCAGAGGAUGAAAUCUCAGGAAAUCCACCACUCAGCUCCCAAAAUAAGGACUGCACUAUGCGUGGAGAGAUUGCUUGUUGGAAGAAGAAACUGGAUGAAGAUAUCAAAACAAUCCAGGAAAAGUAUCAGAAAUUGGAAAAGGAGUUGGAUGCCAAUAAUCAGCUUCUUGCUGCUUCCAGAGAUAGAUAUAAUAGCUUAGAAAGAGAGUUUCAUCUCUUGAAAGAAGAGAGGAAUGUGUUGAUGCAAAAUGUUUCCUCUUCAAGUGAGAAGCUCGAACUGGUUACUAACCAAAACGAAAAGGCAUUCGAAGAUUUGAAUGCCGAAGUUAAGAGGAGGAAAGACCUUGAAGAAGAGAUUAAACAGUUUAGUGCUGCUUUUGCAUUUCGACAGAGAUCCCUGAUCUCUCUUCGUAGUGACUUCGAAUCUGUUAUUGACAAUUUUAAGGCACAGAAGCUUAUUUCAGUAUCCAGAUCUCCUGGAUUGUGAGUUGAAUUUCUCCAAACUCAUGCACAAUUUGUUAUGUAUUCAAAUAACCUAAAAACUGUUCAGGAGCACGUAUUGAAUAACCUAUCUGUAUGACUU